AUGCGUUCCAAAAAUCUUCUUCUCAGUGCCGUAUUUCUUAUAAGUACCGCCGUUGCAUUUACUGCAAUCAACCCCCAGUUAUCGUUUGGUGUUGCUGAAAGGGGCGCAAUAUCGUUUCCUCAGAUUGACCAGAAAUUUGCUAAACUACAAGAUCCCAUUAUAGUUGAUAGGUAUAAUGAAACAUUAGAGUUUAAGAUUACUGUUAAUGGGAGGCUAGAUCAAGCUACUUUAUUACUUGGUUCUGUAGGCCGUUCCCUUGAAACUUACAUUAUCCCAAGUUCUAAGAUACUUGAUGAUGGAUAUUCAUACAAGUUCAAGAUUGCUAUUUCGGAGUUGCCUCCUGCAUUGAUUCACUUGGGCAGGAUGGACGAAGAUGUAUUGACUGCAUCCUUAAUUCUUGCUAACGAAGAGUCACAAUCUAAAAAUAUUUUCGUCGAGUUGUUUGAUUUACGUCUAGCUUUCAGCUUGGAUGACAAAUGGGAGGCUCCAGUACGUCUGGAAGCCAAACAUGAAAUCAAACACAUUUUUGGCAACCCUCCAAAGGCUGCUCCAGUAUGGAUCUCUGUGAUUUUCAGUGUGGCGAUAUUUGUUAUCAGCAACUGUGUUCUAAUUACGUGGAGGGCCAUGCCAGCUGGCCAAACAACUCAAUCAGCUACCAUCAACUCGUAUUUGGUUUAUUUUGCUAUUGUUCUAAUGGAAUACGUUUUCGUCAAAUACUAUCUAGGCACUGAUAUCUUUAGAACCAUGAGAGACGCCUCCUUAGUUUCUUUUCUUGCGUUAUUCGUAGUCUCGAGGGCAUUGAGGCAACUAUCCACAAAAGAAAAGGAACAUGUAAUGAAACAAUAA